AGGCGGUGUUCAGCAGCAGUCUCAGCGCUGGAUUCCGAGCGAGGGAGACGCUCAACCCUGAAAGCUCAGCGGAGGGGAGGCGAGAGAGGCAGCUAAAGAGAGCAGAGCGGGGAAAAAUCAAAUCUAUGCUUGGAACUGGACUUCUUUUUCGCCAAUGCAAAAGGGAAUAUGCAGCACAUUUUUGCCUUCUUCUGCACCGGUUUCCUAGGGGCGGUGUUAGGGGCCAAUUUCCCCAACAACAUCCAGAUAGGGGGGUUAUUUCCUAAUCAGCAGUCCCAGGAACAUGCGGCUUUUAGGUUUGCCUUGUCUCAGCUCACGGAACCCCCCAAGCUCCUUCCCCAGAUCGACAUUGUGAACAUUAGCGACAGCUUUGAGAUGACAUACACCUUCUGCUCGCAGUUCUCCAAGGGCGUCUACGCCAUCUUUGGGUUUUAUGAGAGGAGGACGGUCAACAUGCUCACGUCGUUCUGCGGGGCUCUCCAUGUCUGCUUCAUAACACCAAGCUUCCCAGUUGAAACGUCCAACCAGUUUGUUCUCCAGCUUCGCCCAGAGCUUCAGGAUGCCCUCAUCAGUGUCAUUGAGCACUACAGCUGGCAGAAGUUUGUGUACAUUUAUGAUGCUGACCGAGGGUUGUCAGUCCUGCAGAAAGUUCUGGAUACUGCAGCUGAGAAGAACUGGCAGGUCACAGCUGUCAACAUCCUGACCACAACAGAAGAGGGCUACCGUGUACUCUUCCAGGAGCUGGACAAGAAGAAGGAAAGGCUGGUGGUGGUGGACUGUGAAACUGAGAGGCUGAACAUCAUCCUUAACAAGAUCAUCAAGCUUGAAAAGAAUGGGAAUGGGUACCACUAUAUUCUGGCAAAUUUGGGAUUCAUGGAUAUUGACUUGACAAAAUUCAAGGAGAGUGGUGCCAAUGUAACUGGCUUCCAGUUGGUGAAUUACACAGAUGCUGUUCCUGCCAGGAUCAUGCAGCAGUGGAGGAAUAAUGAUGCCAGGGAGCAUCCUCGUGUGGACUGGAAGAAGCCAAAGUACACCUCAGCCCUCACGUAUGACGGGGUGCGGGUGAUGGCCGAGGCCUUCCAGAACCUGCGGAGGCAGCGGAUCGACAUCUCCCGCCGCGGCAACGCCGGGGACUGCCUUGCCAACCCAGCCGUGCCAUGGGGACAGGGCAUUGACAUCCAGAGAGCACUGCAGCAGGUCCGCUUUGAAGGACUGUCUGGCAACGUUCAGUUCAAUGAGAAGGGACGGAGAACCAACUACACCCUCCAAGUGAUUGAAAUGAAACACGAUGGGAUCAGAAAGAUUGGUUAUUGGAAUGAAGAUGAGAAGUUGGUUCCAGCAGCCAUAGAUACUCAAAGUGGCAAUGAGUCUACAAGUCUCCAGAAUAGGACUUAUAUAGUCACAACUAUCCUAGAAGACCCAUAUGUGAUGCUCAAGAAGAAUGCCAACCAGUUUGAAGGCAAUGAGAGGUAUGAAGGCUACUGCGUGGAGCUCGCUGCUGAGAUCGCAAAGCAUGUUGGCUACCACUACAGGCUGGAGAUUGUCAGGGAUGGGAAGUAUGGAGCCAGGGACCCUGACACCAAAACGUGGAAUGGCAUGGUUGGAGAGCUCGUUUAUGGGAGGGCGGAUGUGGCUGUGGCACCAUUAACCAUCACCCUGGUUCGAGAAGAAGUUAUAGACUUUUCCAAACCGUUUAUGAGUUUAGGUAUAUCUAUCAUGAUAAAAAAACCUCAGAAGUCCAAACCAGGAGUUUUUUCUUUUCUGGAUCCUUUGGCUUAUGAGAUAUGGAUGUGCAUUGUUUUUGCCUACAUUGGAGUGAGCGUUGUCCUUUUCCUGGUGAGUCGCUUCAGCCCCUACGAGUGGCACACUGAGGAGUUUGAAGAAGGACGAGACCAACCAGCCACUGACCAGACAAAUGAGUUUGGGAUAUUCAACAGUCUCUGGUUCUCCUUGGGAGCUUUCAUGCAGCAAGGAUGUGAUAUUUCUCCAAGGUCUCUCUCCGGCCGCAUAGUCGGUGGCGUCUGGUGGUUCUUCACCUUGAUCAUCAUAUCCUCCUACACAGCUAACCUGGCUGCCUUCCUCACUGUGGAAAGGAUGGUUUCUCCCAUCGAGAGUGCAGAGGACUUGGCCAAGCAGACAGAAAUUGCCUAUGGGACCCUGGAAGCUGGCUCCACUAAAGAAUUUUUCAGGCGAUCCAAAAUAGCAGUAUUUGAGAAGAUGUGGACAUACAUGAAGUCAGCUGAACCCUCCGUUUUUGUGAGGACAACUGAAGAGGGGAUGAUCCGGGUGAGGAAGUCGAAAGGGAAGUAUGCCUACCUCUUGGAGUCCACCAUGAAUGAGUACAUCGAGCAGCGGAAGCCCUGUGACACCAUGAAGGUGGGAGGUAACUUGGACUCCAAAGGCUAUGGCAUUGCAACACCAAAGGGGUCUGCACUGAGAGGUCCCGUAAACCUAGCGGUUUUGAAACUCAGUGAGCAAGGCGUCUUAGACAAGCUGAAAAGCAAAUGGUGGUACGAUAAAGGGGAAUGUGGAAGCAAGGACUCCGGAAGUAAGGACAAGACGAGCGCGCUGAGUCUCAGCAAUGUGGCGGGAGUUUUCUAUAUCCUCAUCGGUGGGCUCGGACUAGCCAUGCUGGUUGCCUUAAUCGAGUUUUGUUACAAGUCCAGAAGUGAAUCAAAGCGGAUGAAGGGUUUUUGUUUAAUCCCACAGCAAUCAAUCAACGAAGCCAUACGGACAUCAACCCUUCCCAGACCAGCUGCAGCAGGAGGCAGUGGAGAGAACGGACGUGUGGUCAGCCACGAUUUCCCCAAAUCCAUGCAGACGAUCCCGUGCAUGAGCCACAGCACCGGCAUGUCCCUGGGAGCUACGGGAUUAUAAUUGGCCUUUUGACCCAUUGCCUGGGUGAGAGCAGGGGCAGCCCAACUCCACCCCCUCCAGAGCCAAAACCAAACCCAACACCAAGACAAAUGACAACGACGAAAGGGACAAUUGGCUGGGUCUUCUUGAGGAAAUCAAAUCUAUUUCCCUUUUUAAUUGCAAAUAGAUCCACCGGCAGGAGAACAGAAACAGGUCUGUACUGCAAUAAGGAGAGUAUAAUGGGAUUUAACAGACUCAUGAACCAUCCCUGAUCAAAGAACCACUGGAACACUAAUGAGGACUAUGCCAUUUUGUUUUAACUUGGUUGUUAAUAAGUCUUAGUGUGUGCAAUAUAUAUAUUUU